GAGAGUUCCAAACAGAGAUGAAGGCGAUUGGAAGAACACACCAUAGAAAUCUAGUCCGACUACUCGGCUUCUGCAAUGAAGGCUCUAACAGGCUUUUAGUGUAUGAGUUCAUGAGCAAUGGAUCACUGGCUGACCUCAUCUUCAAGCCUGAUCAUCCAAACACGCCUUCUUGGAAGGAAAGGUUAAGAAUUGCAUUGGAUGUGGCCAGAGGGAUUCAUUAUUUGCAUGAGGACUGUGAAUCGCACAUCAUUCACUGCGACAUAAAACCACAGAACAUUCUAAUGGAUGAGAACUGGACAGCAAAGAUAUCGGAUUUCGGGCUGGCCAAGCUGCUGAUGCCUACUCAAACAAGAACAUUCACUGGCAUCAGAGGAACAAGAGGAUAUCUCGCGCCGGAAUGGCACAAGAACACACCUAUAACUGUGAAGACAGAUGUUUAUAGUUUCGGUAUUGUGCUGCUAGAAAUCUUGUGUUGCAGAAAGAACAUGGAGUUGGAGGCCGAGGUAGAUCAAAUCAUACUUUCAGAGUGGGUUUGCAGUUGUUAUCUUGCAGGGGAAUUAGAGAAGCUCAUGCUGGAUGAAGAAGUGGACAUGGUGGAGUUUGCGAGGGCGGUGAAAGUGGCGCUCUGGUGCAUCCAAACUGAUCCACCUCAACGUCCUUCUAUGAAGAAUGUGAUCAUAAUGCUGGAGGGGUGUGCAGAAAUCUCCUCUCCUCCACAUCCAUAGCUACCUCUAAAUUUUUAUUAUAAUUAGUAG